AUGCUCAUUUUUUGUCUAGGAAACCCUCGAUCCCGAAUUUGCACCAUAACAAAGGCUUGCGUCUACCCCUUGUCGCCGAAUGUCUGCUUAUUAUCGGCGGUUUCAGCUCGGUGUGUCCCUUCUCGUAUCAUCCUUUCCGUUUUUGCGGCGCUUCUGCGAAGCAGGUCUUGGGAAACCGGUGGAAGUUCAAAAGGUACAUACUACUUGGUUGGCUCUCUGUUCAAGUCGAAUGUCCGCCCUUCGCCAUCGGUUCAUUCUCGCUCCUCAUUCCUUCACCACUACCGGAAACGGGAUGCAGUGCUUUCGAGUGAGGCUGCGGAUCCAUCGCAUCGGUACCCUAUUGUCGUUCGUCUUUCAGAAGCAGCACGACGGGAAUAUCGCAAACCGUUAUUGCGAUGUCUUGCUCCCAACAAGAUCAGUGGCUUAUUUUCCGGUCGAGGGCAUGACCUCCAGUCAGAUACGGGUUCUUUGGAUCAGUCCUACGGCGAGUGUCUCUCAAACGGGAGGUUUCAUCUGCCUCCUCCCAUCGCUGAUGUUGCUUCUUUUCCGGCGAUGAGGCACGCCGACAUUGCUACCAUGCCGCCCCGACUGCGCUUGGACCUAGAGGAGAACAAGUUGCAACAACUUCUUCUUACUCAUCCGAACCUAAAGACAACAUACGGAAAGAAGUGGUGGACAACUGCAGGGGUGAAUUGCAUCAUCGCUGAGAACGGACACAAGACCGAAGCCACACCCAUCAAGUUACAACCUUCAACUCCAAGUGUCAACAACAAGUCACUCGAUCUUCGCUCCUGUCAUCUUCAAGACAAAACAAACAAGAAUCCAAACCCAACAACCAAAACCAGGCACGAACAAACCCUAAGACCAGAGCAACCACAUCCGCCCAGCUCCAAACAUGGCCUCUACCACCACCUCCUCCCGACGCAGCUCAUCCUCCUCCAACUUCAGCACCACCACCAGCAGCAAUUUCUCUCACUGUUCACACCCACACCAUUCUUCGACGUCAUCGCCUUACUCGAGCACCGCCUCCAGCUUCGCAGGUAUAGGCCCUACCAUCACCAUCAAUACCACCUCCAGCGCGGCCAGCAGCCGCUCUUCCUCCUCCCCAUCGUCACCUUCAUCAGCAUCGGUUUCCUAUACAGCUGGAGAGGCGGCGAGGGACGCACAGAUGGGAGCAUCUAUCUUGGCUUGGCCGGCUGAUGAGGAGUGGAUUGCUCCAAAAAUCUGAGAGCGUAUGAGGGAGGUAGAAUUGGUUGGCCGGAGGGGUAUAUCGUACAUGUCGGAGAAAGGGCGUUCUGGUCAUUCUCAGGACGACGGUGCUCAUACAAAGUAAAACGGACAUAGGAACGGAAGUGGGGAGGGAAUAACACAGUCACAGGGGAAAUGUGAUAUAAAGGAGCUUA